CUUGAUUCGAUUCGUGUUCGGCUCCAUCGUUUUUCUGCUCAGCUAGCGCUGCUUUUCCUCUCCGGUUUUGUCGGGCGAACGAUUUUUUUUGACCGUCUGCUAAAAAAAAUAGUGGAAGUCUGUCGAAGGAUUUUUGUACCGUCGCGUCGCGCUGGAAGGGGCAACUCGGGAAAAAGGUACAGACGGUCGAGAAGCAACCUUUAGCAAAUUUUCCUGAUCGCGAAUUUUGAGUUUCAAACCAUUGCUUGCCCGUUUCAAAUUUCGGAGAAUUCGAAAUCGCAACUAUCGGUGAAUCAAUCAGUGAGUGAAGCGUGAAUCUAUUCACCUUCUGGGUUUUUGUCUCCCUUUGCAAAGGCUGACAAACUUGCACAAAAAUGUCUGUGAAAGUGAACACCGCGUGGCGCUGGUGACGGAUGCUUUAAUGAAGGAAAAUUUCCAAAAGAAAUAAGGAGCUUAAAUCAAGAAUAGUGCAUAGUGGACAUGUUAAUCAAAAAUUAGCAUAAUCAAACAAUACAUUUCCGAUACACCGACAUAAACUGUUUCGUAUGAGUUCAGUUCAAUAGUGGCUACGUGUUUCCUUCGUUUUCCCGCCGACCGAACAUCGAAUUCGAAAACAAGUAGCGGAAUGACAGAACUGACAGUUCGUCGGCCACCGUUGACAAGCCCGGUCAGGCAGCGCAACUGCGUUCGAACAAAAAUGGGCAGUGUCACUUCGACAGAAAAUGGCGUCUGCCAACUUUUUGGAGGAAGCUCUUAAAUCAGAUGUCGAUGAAUCCGCGGUGAGUGCGAUCGUCGGAACGCUUGAAAAUCAGUUGGAUCAAUCCAGUACGACCCAGGUGCAACAAGUCGCGAAAAAUUUCGAGUGCGGAAACGGUGGGAACAGUAUAAAUAGUGCAAUUGUGUCAAAUGGAGGAACGACCCCCAUUUAUAGUGCAGUGCAGCAGCAGAAACACAGCAAUCAUGGUGUUGCCAAUGGUGAAAUCGUAUCUAAUGUUAUGAACAGCAGCAACAUCACCAACAAUAACAACAACAAUAAUAACAGUAAAACAUUUAUCAUAGCCACUGGUGGUGGCCAGAACGUAAUCAACAGUGCGGGUUCUGGUGCCACGACAGUGGUCCUCGGGAAGAAUAUUACGGUUUCAUCUAGCGGCGGCGGAAUUCAACCGUCGUCAACACCUCCCGCGUUGAUUUCGACGGUUCCGACGGUUUCGUCAUCAUCUGGCAUCAACAUCAUUAGCAACCAGAUAGUGGUUUCUGCCGGGGGACCCCCUCCGCCACCGUUCCACGUUACAAGCAACAGUAUCAGCAAUAUUAACAACAACGCCACUAUCCACCACCAGACGACGAACAUGCCAAAGAAUGAACCAGUAAAGUUGGUUUAUCCUGCUCAUGGUGGUGGCGCCGGAACGCCGAAUGCUGGUACUCAAGCGGUGCUCAGCAUGAACAACAAUCGCGUUACGCUCACCUCGACGGCACUGCCGAACGGGACCAUCUCCCUGUCGCAGGCGCCACAGCUGAUACAGACCGGCGCCACUGGGAAGACCACCAUCCAGGCAACGAGCGGCGGUCAACCGGUGGGGCCCGGCCAGCCGCAAACGCUUAUCAUCAAGAACCAGCAAACCGGAGCCGUGAUGAACUCCGGUGCGCCCGGCAUCGUAACGAUGUCGAAACCGAUCAACAAUCAGGCCACUCAAAACAUUGUCGGCCUACCGGCUGGUGUACAAAUUGUAAAUGUUAGACCGAGCGCUCCACCCACGCAACAAGCACAGCAAAAAACUGUUGCCGCUGUAUCACCUAGAGUUGUUAUUGGUAGUCAGCAAAUAGUUAGUACUAGACCACCAAAUGCAAACAUCACGCUAAGUGCCCUUCAAGGACAGCCGGGCUCGACGCUGCUACUGAAGAAUGAGCAGGGCCAGUUCCAGCUACUGCGGAUCGGACCGGCACCGGCCGGAACGCAGAUUACGCCCGCCAAUAUAACAGCCACGUCGGGGACUAAUCAGACGAUACGGUUGCAAACUGUACCAGCUCAGCCUAUUUCGUCCGGUUCCGGAACGAUCAUCGUCAAUUCGCAAUCCAUCACUACCACACCAACCAGCUAUGUGACGACGCAAUCGACUCCGGUAGCAUCGGUAGCACCUGUUCCGGCGCUGGCCGCCCAACAGCACAUAACUAUCUCGGCUGCAGCAGCCCAGUCACCUGCUUCAGCCGUGGCCACCGGUCAACCCACCGUCGUCGCAACCCAGCAACCACAAACCGUCGUCACCACCCAGCAACCACAGCAACCUCAACAACCUGGCCAACCUGCGACACAGACUGUGGUAGUCACUACCACAACCGGUGGACAAACGACACAGCAGCGCCAAUCGUUAGACAAUGCCAAAGAAAAGUGCAGGAAAUUUCUCACCAAUCUGAUCGAGCUUUCCAAACGGGAGCCAAAACCGGUAGAGAAGAACGUACGGACGCUAAUCCAAGAGCUGGUGGACGCCAACGUCGAGCCGGAGGAGUUUUGCGAACGGUUAGAACGACUAUUAAAUGCCAGUCCGCAGCCAUGUCUAAUAGGUUUCCUUAAGAAAAGUUUACCACUAUUGCGGCAGUCUCUUGUGACGAAAGAGAUCACUAUCGAAGGCAUUAAUCCGCCCUCGGCAAACGUAGCCUUCUCCGGCUCGCCGCUAACUCAAAUACCUGCCCAAAUACGUCCCGUAACGCAAACCAUCGUCACCCAGAAUAGUAUCGUCGGUCAGACGCAAAUCCGUAUGCUAACGACCCAGUCAGGCGCCCCAACCGUACCCCGGAUAGGACAAACGACGAUACGGCCGGCCACGCCGGUACGGAUACAAACACCCCUCCAUCAACAGCCCCAUCAUGUGGCCACCACCGUUGCGACCCCCAGUGGGCCCCGACAAAUCACCGCCCAGCAGAUACGACCAAACGCAACGGCCACCGUGGGCCAUACCACUAUUGUGCAAACGAGCCAACAGCUGCCUCAGACGAUCUCAACAACACCCCCCGCGCUGCUUCCGAUUCGCGCUCCGGCCGGUACGGCAAUCACGCGUACACCAGCGACCCUUCAAAUCCGUGCGACUACGCCCACAGUUGUAUCGCGCUCUACCGCAGCUACCAACAACACGACGGUUACCACCAAAACGAUUCGUAGCCAAACGCCGGCCGUGGCCUCGGUGGCAGCUGCGGCAGCAGCUGCUGCUGCUGCCGCAUCUGGUUCCACGGCCACUCAGGUCAAGCAAGUGACAGCAAUUAGUAACAGCAAUGUAGUCGUCGCAGCAUCAACACCAUCAACGGCACCCGGUCUAGUAGUUACCGGGACACAACCCUUACCAGCGUUAGCACUUAGCUCUUCCGCCGUGGCGACUUUGAAUAAUGCUAGCAUUAGUAAUAAUUCUACGAGUUUAAUCAGUACAAGCAUCCCUUCGACGGCGACCGUAGUGGUCAGUACGGCCCCCAGUAUCAGUACUGCAAACACUAGCAGUACAACUAGUAAUAAUAGUAGUGCGAAUCAGGUAACCACUGCUAGCACUAGCAGCUCUUCCACCACUGUCACCACUUCCAGUAGUAAAUCCAGUUCAGGAUCAAAAUCACAGAGCUCAACGGCGGGCACAAAAAAGAAGGCAAAUGCCAGUGCCGCUGCCAGCUCCGCUGAAUCUAACGAUCCUUUAGCCGUAGCGAAAAAAGCAGCUGCCUCUAUGCAAUCCUCUUUUUAUCAGCAUCACGUGUCUUCCUCAAUGUACGGGGAUGAUGACAUCAACGACGUUGCGGCCAUGGGAGGUGUCAACUUGGCCGAGGAAACGCAAAGGAUUCUCGGUUCGACAGAAUUUGUGGGGACGCAGAUUCGGUCCUGUAAGGAUGAAGUGUUCCUACACAUGUCGGCACUACAGACCAGAAUUCGGGGGAUAGUCGCAAGGCACGGCCUCGAGGAACCAAGCAGCGAGGUUGCGGUCCUAAUAUCUCACGCCUGCCAAGAACGACUGAAAAACAUCGUGGAGAAGUUGGCAGUGGUUGCCGAACAUCGAAUCGAUAUUAUAAAGGUUGACCCGAGGUAUGAAGUGACGAAGGACGUCCGGGGACAGAUUAAGUUCCUAGAAGAACUGGACAAGGCUGAACAGAAGCGACACGAAGAACAGGAACGAGAAAUGUUGAUGCGAGCAGCCAAGUCUCGAUCAAAAACGGAAGAUCCGGAGCAAGCAAAACUGAAAGCAAAGGCGAAGGAAAUGCAACGAGCGGAAAUGGAGGAACUACGACAGCGAGACGCAAAUCUGACGGCUUUGCAAGCAAUUGGGCCGCGGAAAAAGCCCAAGCUGGAAGAAGGAACGACUACGCCAGUAACGCCUGGUACAUCCGGAAUCGGAGUGGGUGUAAGCGGGAAGACUGCAACUCCGUUGCGGCCACGUAUCAAGAGAGUAAAUCUGCGCGAUAUGCUAUUCUAUCUUGAACAGGAGAAGGAAAGCUGCAGAAGUCAAAUGCUCUAUAAGGCCUACCUCAAGUGAUCGAUUGUGGUGGUACAAUAUCCAACAGUGGUGGCAAUUGUGACGGCGGUCGUUCUCUGUUGAAACCGUGAACGGUGUCAACUCCGAGGUUUGGACCAACCACCGACAAACGCCAGCGAGAAAGGUUUUCACUCGUAACACGGUGGUAAAUGUUUCCAGCUCGGAAGCGCGUACUGAAUAGGUGGUCCAAUCAAAAUACGUUUCAUGGUCAGUUUAGGUCGGUUGUCGAGUAAAACGAAGAAUUGGGGGCGCGGUUUGUAUAGGAACGUCAGAAUGAUCAGAAUGUUUAUGUAUGUGCGUGAUUUUCGAGAAUUUUUGUAAAUAUUUCAAAUAGCCGCUACAGCGAAUAUCAGGAAUCGUGCGCAUGAGUGGUGGAUGACGAGAACGGCAGGGCGCGUAGUACAGCUUGGCUCGGACUUGCCGGCCCAGUUGUUUUAUAUGUUUUAUUUAAUUUGAAACACCGGAAUCGAUAACAGCUGUACAGAAACAAAACAAUAUAGCGUAAAGUGCACGAGCAAGCAUAGGUAUGUAGGAAAAACAAAGGAAAUGAAAAUUAUAGGUCUAAAAUAGUGAAAACCAGAUUUAAAAUUGUGUAAUUAGUUUCGAGUCCUCUAGAGCUGUGUGCUUAGCGGAACAAAGGAAAAAAACACUGGUCAGCCGCAAGCAUUGUUUUUGUUUGUUUAUAAUUUUAAGUAUAUAUCGGUAGGAACAAAAUAAAACUCAACAGAAAGCAGAACAUAUUAAGGAAAACAAAUUUCUGAAAAUUUAACUCGGAAGGAUAAAAAAAUAGUUUAUAAAUCUAUUGAA